ACGUCGACAUGAGAGGAAGAAAGAAACACAGCUUCACAGUGCCGAGUUUUGUGACAACGGGGAAAGAAAACAAUUAUUCCGGCACUCUUCUGGCAGCGAGAUGCUACGACGUGUUUUGUUGCCUGUAACGUAGUGUGAAGAGAAGAAGCUAGCUAGUUAGCUUAGCCACACAGUCUGACAGCCAGCGUCAGUAGCCUGUAGCUAAGUGAUUACUUCCCUUUGACCAACGUUCAGACGAAGAAAUCAUGACGCAGAAAGUCAAUCUGUGUUCAGUUUCCCUCGGAGUGGAGGGUAUGACUUGUGGCUCCUGUGUCCAGUCCAUAGAGCAGCGCAUCGGGUCGCUCCCUGGAGUGAUACAUAUAAAGGUUUCCUUAGAGCAGAAAAAUGCAACUGUCAUAUUUGACCAGAGCCAACAGAGCCCAGAGUCUCUGUCAGAGGCCAUCGAGGACAUGGGCUUUGAAUCAAGUCUAUCAGACUCCAGUGCAGCCACACCCGUCUCGACAGAUACCCAGCUGAUCCCCACCUCAGGCCUGGCACCUGCAGCCCAACAGGAGGCUUUGGAGAAGCUAUCCCAGAUUCAGGGAGUGCUGGAUGUCAGAGAGAGCCCAGCCCAGAUGGGUUUCACUGUUACCUUUGUUCGUUCCCUGACUUCCUCACAGCAGCUGAGUGACCUGGUGGCCAGCCUAACGCCUCUGGAGAUCCCGACACCCAGCAGCCCCAUGGAAAAAGGCCCAGCCUUGUCCCCGUCUCACACCACAGGAGGCGGGGUGGCGCUCCUUAAGUUGAGCAUUGAAGGAAUGACCUGUCACUCCUGCACCACCACUAUUGAAGGGAAGAUUGGAAAACUGAAAGGGAUUGAAAAGAUCAAAGUUGUUUUGGAGACUCAGGAAGCUACAAUUGUGUACCUGCCUUACCUCAUCACUGUCCAAACCAUCACAGAUCAGAUUGCUGUGGCUGGCUUUAAGGCAUUUGUCAAGUCUAAGCCUCGCCCCCUGAAGCUGUCCCCCAGUGAAAUCGAACGUUUUGUUGAUUCUCAAAAGACAACAGUCUCUUCGCCAUCGGAGACAUCAGAGGAGACCGAAAUUUUCGUAGACACGACACUCACCACGCUCAGGGUGAAAGGCAUGCACUGCCGUUCAUGCGUGGUCAAUAUACAAGACAAUAUCUCUUCGCUGCCUGGCGUCUCUUCUGUGGUGGUCUCUCUGGAGGAGGAGAAGGCCUCCAUCUGCUACGAUCCUCUGAAGGUCUCUGAGGCUCAGUUGCAGAGAGCCAUUGAAGCGCUGCCUCCAGGAAACUUCAAGACUGAACCCUGGGACACCUCUGGCCUUGUUUCCACAUCGCCCACGCCUGCCUUACCGUCACCACAGCCUGCACGAGUGACUCAGGCCAAACCUGCUGCCUCACAGCCAUGUUUUACUCAGCCUCUAGCGUCUGUAGUUAAUAUUCACAUAGAGGGGAUGACCUGCAACUCCUGUGUCCAGUCCAUCGAAGGCAUGAUCUCCCAAAGGAAGGGGGUGAUCUCAGCGCAGGUCUCUCUGGCUGAUCACCAGGGGACCUUUGAGUAUGAUCCCCUCCUGACCACGCCAGAGGAGCUGAGGGAGGCCAUAGAUGACAUGGGCUUUGAUGCCUUCCUACCAGAGACCAACUCACUGCUGCCUGCACCAAAUCCAAAUGUGUUAAAGUCUUCAAGUCUAGCACAUGUGAAAGAGAAGGAGCCGGACAACGACCUACACAAAGAAGCCUCGCAGGGACACACCAGAGACACACACUCUAAAUGCUACAUCCAGAUUGGAGGGAUGACCUGUGCUUCAUGUGUGGCAAACAUCGAGAGAAACCUCAAAAACGAACCUGGUAUCUACUCAGUUUUGGUUGCACUAAUGGCCAGUAAAGCAGAGGUGCGAUACAACAGCGAGCUCAUUGACCCUGUGAAGAUAGCUGAGUGUGUGAAAGAGCUGGGCUUCACUGCUUCUGUUAUGGAGGACUAUGAAGGUUCAGACGGAAACCUUGAACUCGUGGUCAGAGGAAUGACGUGUGCCUCUUGUGUGCACAAAAUCGAAUCCAGCCUUAUGAGAGAAAAGGGUAUUAUAUAUGCCUCUGUUGCCUUGGCAACCAACAAAGCACAUAUUAAAUACGAUUCGGAAAUUAUAGGGCCACGAGACAUCAUCAAGCUGAUUGAGAAUCUGGGCUUUGAAGCAUCUUUGGUAAAGAGAGACCGCACUGCCAGUCACCUGGACCACAGCAAAGAGAUCCGACAGUGGAGGAAAUCUUUCCUGGUGAGCUUGAUUUUCUGUGUGCCUGUGAUGGGCAUGAUGACCUACAUGAUUAUCAUGGACCACCAGAUGAACGCUUCACAUCGACACAACGCCACAGUGGAGGACCGCAACCACUACCACUCCACCAUGUUCCUGGAGAGACAGCUGCUCCCAGGCCUCUCCAUCAUGAACCUCCUCUCCUUCCUCUUCUGUGUGCCUGUGCAGUUCAUUGGAGGUCGCUACUUCUACAUUCAAGCCUACAAAGCCGUCAAACACAGAUCUGCAAACAUGGAUGUGCUUAUAGUCCUGGCUACCUCAAUAGCCUUCACAUACUCACUGGUUGUCCUAAUAGUGGCCAUGGUGGAGAAGGCAAAAGUCAACCCUAUCACGUUCUUUGACACGCCACCAAUGCUGUUUGUCUUCAUCUCCCUGGGACGCUGGCUAGAACAGAUAGCCAAGAGCAAAACAUCUGAGGCUUUGUCGAAGCUGAUGUCUCUACAAGCCACGGAGGCCACAGUGGUUACUCUCGGCAGUGACAAGUCCAUUCUCAGUGAGGAGCAGGUGGAUGUUGAGCUGGUGCAGAGAGGCGAUGUGGUGAAAGUCGUUCCUGGAGGGAAGUUUCCAGUCGAUGGGAGGGUCAUCGAGGGGCACUCAAUGGCCGACGAGUCUCUGAUCACAGGUGAGGCCAUGCCGGUGACUAAGAAGCCCGGGAGCUCUGUGAUUGCAGGCUCCAUUAACCAAAAUGGCUCUCUGCUCGUCAGCGCUACACAUGUUGGCAUGGACACCACGCUGUCUCAGAUUGUCAAACUAGUGGAGGAGGCUCAGACUUCAAAGGCACCCAUCCAGCAGUAUGCUGAUAAGAUCAGUGGCUACUUUGUGCCCUUCAUUGUUGGCAUAUCCUUUCUUACGCUGAUCGCCUGGAUUGUCAUUGGGUUUUUAGACUUCUCUCUAGUGGAGAAAUACUUCCCUGGUUACGACAAGAGCAUUUCCAGGGCCGAGGCAGUGAUUCGAUUUGCCUUCCAGGCCUCCAUAACAGUGUUAUGCAUCGCAUGUCCCUGUUCCCUCGGCUUAGCAACCCCGACAGCUGUCAUGGUGGGCACAGGGGUCGGAGCCCAAAAUGGCAUCCUGAUAAAGGGAGGAGAGCCACUCGAGAUGGCACAUAAGGUCCAGUCAGUGGUGUUUGAUAAGACUGGGACCAUCACAUAUGGUGCCCCGAAGGUUAUCCAAGUCAAGAUAGUUGUGGAGGGGAACAAGAUGCCUCGUUCCCGACUGCUGGCCAUCGUGGGCACAGCUGAGAACAACAGUGAACACCCUCUAGGAGCAGCUAUCACCAAAUACUGCAAACAGGAGCUAGGCACAGAGUCUCUUGGCGCAUGCACUGACUUUCAGGCGGUGCCAGGCUGUGGCAUCCGUUGUCAGGUCAGCAACACAGAGACACUGCUGAAACAGGCCGACAGCGACAGCGAGGACAACAACCAGCGCAACAGUGUCCUCGUCCAGAUCAGUGACACCCUGACGUCCACCAGCUCCCAUCCACUCAUCAUGGACCCACAGCCACUUAGCCUCGUCCACACAGCCGCCUACGUUGUCCUGAUCGGUAAUAGAGAGUGGAUGAGGAGGAACUGCCUGCAGAUCAGACCAGAUAUAGAUGAAGCCAUGACUGAGCAUGAGCGCAGAGGACGCACUGCUGUUCUAGUAGCUGUGGACAAUUUGCUGUGUGCCAUGAUAGCCAUAGCAGACACAGUGAAGCCAGAGGCCGAGCUGGCUGUCCAAACUCUGACCAGCAUGGGUUUGGAAGUUGUGCUGAUGACCGGAGACAACAGCAAGACCGCAAGAGCCAUUGCUGCUCAGGUGGGUAUCAGGAAGGUGUUUGCAGAGGUGCUGCCCUCCCACAAGGUGGCCAAGGUGGAGCAACUGCAGCAGGCAGGAAAGAGAGUAGCCAUGGUGGGCGACGGUGUCAACGACUCUCCUGCCCUGGCCAUGGCUGAUGUGGGCAUCGCCAUAGGAACCGGGACAGAUGUGGCCAUAGAGGCAGCAGAUGUGGUGUUGAUCAGGAAUGACCUCCUGGAUGUGGUUGGCAGCAUCGACCUCUCUAAAAAAACUGUGAAGAGAAUCAGGAUCAACUUUGUCUUUGCUCUUAUCUACAACCUGGUUGGCAUUCCUAUUGCUGCUGGUGUAUUCCUGCCAAUUGGCCUGGUGUUGCAGCCCUGGAUGGGCUCUGCUGCGAUGGCGCUGUCAUCCGUCUCUGUGGUUUUGUCCUCCCUUCUACUCAAAUGUUACACCAAGCCCAGUGCUGAGAAGUUGGAGGCCAGACUGGGUAACAGCAGGCGGCAGGGCAGCCUUUCUGAUGUCAGUGUCCACAUCGGCAUGGGUGAGAUGCGUCGUCCCUCCCCCAGACUCAGCCUCCUGGACCGCAUUGUGAACUACAGCCGUGCCUCCAUCAACUCCCUGCGCUCUGACAAGCACUCUCUCAACAGCUUGGUGCUCAGUGAGCCCGACAAACACUCACUGCUGGUGGGGGAGGCGCUGUGUGAGGAGGAGUUUUGCUGAAAAAGUCACAUGGGCCGGCAACGACUGUUAUAUACUUAAGUAGACGGUCAUUUAUUCAAGGCUAGGCCAAGCUGAAAGGGUUACACUGAAUAAUGGCCCAUCCAUCUGCUGUAGGUGCCUCAGGGCAGCACUUUUGACUUGAAAAAAAGCUUACAUGCCCCCGGUUUUCUUUUAUCGCAACCAGCUGAUCACGUGCAUUUCAGAGCGUGAGAGGGCAAUUUUCUCUCCCUCAGUUGCAGACUAUCUUUUGUUGAGGUUGCUGCCCUCGGGCACACUCUUCAACCAACCCUGAGACACUCUCUGCGUGUCGGGGGGCAUGAAGCAUCUUCGGAGCCUUGAAGCAGGUGUCCACAUGCAGGAAGCAGAGUGACGACGAGCUCUGCCACUGUGGUCACCAGCCAGUACAAUCUCAAACACUUAUCCAAAGACAUUUGAACAGUGGUGCCCUGUGUAAGAGUGGACACCACUGAGAUAUAUUUUAACUAAUUUCCUUAAACGGAAAAUUAUAAUAACACUGUUGUAUUAUUCUGUUUCAGAGUAUUUAUAUUAGCCUUAUUUAUCUUUUUUUUCAUUAUAUCCUUUGUGAAAAAAAAUGAAGUUGUUGAAUCCAAAUGCCAAUUUUCACUUUCAAUCUCCCAAAAUGUGUAAUAACUGAGUAAGGUAAAAUGUACUCAGUCAAUCAAAGAGGUCUUGAAACUUGCUGAAAACAGAUUUUUGUGCAGAGUGCUAAUGGAGUGAGCUGUAAAUGUCAUUGUUCCCGAAGUGCCAAUUGAAGUGCCGCCUUGGCAAAGUCCAACACAUUCCAAAGAUAGCAGUGUACAGAGGUUACCUUGGACUUAAUGUGCACAAAGUGUGAACACAGAUUAGGUCAUCGACUCACAGCAGAGGCUGUGAGUGGUGGCGCCAACUAUAGAAGUCUCUUGUCAGAGGUUUCUGUAGUUGUGUCGACCCUCUGCAUCUUUGGUUAAUGAUACAAGAUGACUGUCAAUGAAUGUGAACAUUAUUCGCUGUUAAACAGAAAUUGUUACAUGGAUGACUUUGUGCUUGAAUUACUUUGUUUGCUCGUUGCAAAAUGAAGGGUUUGUGUUGUGAUGCAGGUUUUUAAGAAAACCAGGCCUUUUUCAUCAGAGACUUUUUGACUUGUCUUAACAGGAAAAACACUAGUGUAGAUAAUAAAAUAAAUGGUGGCCGAUGAUCUGCAACCCCAUAAUUCCAACACCUCUGAAGACUACUGCAGACAGAAAAAAUUAGCAGAUUACGAUUGGGUUUGGUUUUGAGUUGGGCUGCACAAUUGAAAUUUGAAAUACUAGGAAAAUUGCAGUAUGGCCACAUGCAAUAUCCAGAUUGCAGGAGAUGCAGUUUUUUGAGAAAGGUUAAAUUUGUCACAAUAAAGCAUUAUAAAUGAAUCUAUUCCAGAUGUAAGGGAACGCACAUGAAAAAGUAAAUUGUGAUCAUAUUUGCUUUGGGGGUUUUUUCAAUAAAAAUAAAACGUAAAAGAGGCCUAUUACACUAAAAUCACAACUUGUAUCACAGUCUGUCAAAAGAUUUGCAAUUUUUUUUUUAUUUAUUUAUUUUUUUUUAUUUUGCAUAUCCUGCAGGCCUAAUUAUCGGUUCACUUCUCACAAGUAAAAAUGUCUGCUGUGAAAAAGGCCCAUUGUAAAUGUGUUUGUGUUCUGUCGUCACUCUUGACAAGAUGUUACUGUCUCCAGGAAUUUCUUUACAUGGUGCAACUCUUUGCUGUUUUUUUAUGUGAUUCACACUGUUGCACUUGAUCAAAGACACAUCAGGAUCAGCAGACUAAACAGAGCUGCGUCUCAGCAGUUCCACCAAACAAGUUACUGAGAGACAAAUGUUGAUUAAGUAGAUUGUUUCUUAACAAUCACAUUGUACAGGUUGUAGAAUUGAGAUCUCACCUUACAAUUGUAGAAGGCUCUUGUGAAACUGCUUUAUUUUUUCUCCUGGUAAGAUACUACAAAGAUUUUCUGCAUUUCUAUCUGCUUUGUCAAAUCAGAAGAUAAUUACUACAGUCAAGUUACUUCUGGAGAUGUUAAUUUUUGAUGAUGAAAAGAGCCAUCAGUUUGUCCUGCCACUUUCCCAUCACAUAUUAGCUUCUGUAGCUGUCACAGCUCGCUGAGUGCAAUCAUGCCAAUCUGUUGUUUUUGUGCACUGCUUUGUAAAGACGUCCAUAGGGCUUCAGAUCUGUGUGAGCCAGUCCAUGUUUGCUGUCUUUCAUCCUUCCUCUGAACAUUAUGUGCCUUGGAAUAAAAUGCUUUUGUAACGUCGCUCGGCUCUGUCCACUUUCACCAGAAGAUGGUGCUGUGGAGCCGUCAGCCAAAACAUGCAACAAACACCAGUUACAAGAUUUCAUCAAUUUUAUUUCAUCCAGUUAGUCUAAACAUCACAUCACCCCAGUGUACUGCAAAACAAAUACAGUUUUUUGUCAUAAUAUUUCUUUAAAAUAAUUAUUUUAAUCAAUGCAAACUGUAAAUGACUUCUUCCCAUUGAAUCGCUUUGUAUCGCUUUGGCUGUAGUGACACCACAUCUGAUUUGGUAGAUUGAAGCUUAACAUAUUAGGUAGUUAAUUUAAUAUUUUAGAUCACUUUAAUGGGGAAUUAGUUCUCAUUAGAUGCAGUCAGAGGGACAACGUCUACCAAAAGCUGAGUUUACUCCGUAAUUGAUCAAGAAUGAACUGAAAUUGCUUUUAUGUUCAGGGAACUGAACAGGUUUAAUAUGUUUUUUUUUUUUAAAUGUGCAGCAUUUGUAAUCUGUCACAACAUUGUGCUUUUAAGGACUAAAACACCUGUAUUUGGAAAAAAUGCUACAUUCAGUUAACCUUUAACACUAGAAUAACAAACUUCACUUCAAACCAGCUAGGGAACAGCUCCGACUCCGACACAUCUCUCUGGAAACACCGACGAUCUAAAGUAAACUUACUUAUACAGCAAUAUAUGUCAGUAGAUUUACAGUAUAUUAAACAUUAAACACCUUACAGAAAUUACACACCAUGGUGAGCAAAAGAUGCAAUGAAAUCAAAUCAUUGUUCACAAGCAUUUUUGAAUGGAUUUCAAAUGUAAACAUUUGCAUUACUUAAACCAAAUGAUUUUAACACACAAUGGAAUCUAAAAUAAUUUUUAAAGUUUAAAAAUGAGGAUAGGUUUGUUAAAUGCUGCUUGUUGGUUUUGUCGCUUCAAGUCCACCUUUUUUUAAUCUUGCCCCUGAUUUUAAAAUAUCCACUGAUAAAUCUAGCAUGUGGCUGUACCGUCUCCUUGAACUCUAGCUGUUAUUUAAACACAAAGUCAUCAUUUUUAUACAUCAGCAGGCCCACACAGCACAGUUUGCACCAACUGUGUCCAAACAUACCAGACGAGCAUUAUCAUCUGAAUACUGACAGCAGGUACAGAACAAAAGUUACAACAUCAGGCUGCACCUGCUUUAUCUCUGUGACGGUGGGUGCUGAUACGUGUGCAAUAAAUAAUGCGUGCAUGUUUCUCACUUUAACGGCAACAUAAUGAAAUACUGAGCAGGGAGGUUGUUAACGAUCCAAGAUUUUAGCUGGGAACUCACCACGCUGAGGUCAAAGUAAUUCUGUAUGACAAGUUGAUAACAGUAAAUGUCAUAUUUAAAACAUAUAUUGGUUAGAUGGAUCUCUCUGUAUAUAAUCCUUGCCUCAAAAAAUACUAUCUUGUGAAAGUUUUUGUCAUUUUUUCCAAGUAUUGACAUCCAUAUCUACUAUAUGUAUAUAUAAAUAUACUUUAAUACUUCAAAACAUAGGAUAAAACUGCCAUAAAUCUAAAAUGUGUCUCUUUGUGCGGUAAUAAUCAAGUCUGUGUAAGGCAUGAAUGAGUUGGUGAAUUUUGGUGGUAAGUAUGGUGAUCACAAAAUCCUGGAUUCAGGGUUCCCACAAUUUUUUUACCAGCUAAUGUUCAAAGCUUUCCCAUAACUCAAGAUUACGUUGGAGAUGACAGUCUGACUGCAGCAGCCUCCAUUCAAGUUAAUGCUAUCCAUCAGAAGUAACUGUCACCAGCAUCAUUUAUUUAUUCAGCACACUGACAGUGAACGGUCCGUGUAAUGCUGAUCAAUCUUCCAUGUAAAAAAAACUGUUAAAAAACAGUACACUGAAUCCAGUUUUUCUAAAACCGUGUUUCUUGUUUGACAAAUCAAUGUAUGAUAAAGAUGUUUUUUAUUUCAUUUUUGGAUGUUGCAUAGAGAAAUGGAAAUUUUAAAAAUAGGAAAUAAAAGAGCUUUUGUGGAAAAUAAAUUCCCCUUUAUUUUGACACUUUUCCUCACUUGCCUCACUUCCUUUACCUCACUUCCUUUCCUCAACACUGAUUGUUUCCUUUCACUCUCUGCUCUCAGUUACCUGAUUGAGUUCACCUGUUUAUUGUCUGUUGUCUAUUUAAACUCUGCUCACCCUUUCCCUCAUCUCUCCAUCAUCACAUGGGUUGAUAGUGCUGGUAAGCAGAGUUUAUCCUUUAUCCUGAUUAAGAGAACUUUGUUUCAUUUUGUGUUUGCUACCCCCUUUAUGUUCCAAUAAACCGAAAAGUAAACAUUCAAGUCUGAUGCAUUCUGACUGAAUGUGAUAUGAAUGUGAUAGCACAUCUCUCCCUCUGAACCUCCUCAGCUUUUACUUCUGUGGGUGUGGCUCUAAAAUCUGUACAGUAGUACACAGGUUUUUAGAGCCCUAAAUUAGGCCUGUUAGAUUAAUUAAACAUUGAUCUGACAAAUAAAAAAAAUACAAUUUUAAAAAACUGAGUUCAAUUUACCAGUUUUCCAGUUUUGUUUUUGAAUGGAAAAUAGAACGUGUGAGUACCACACAGACUGGAUAUUUACGUAUCUUACGUGUGAGGGAUCUCAGUGUGGAGGCCUUGGUUAACCGCCUGUUUCUCUCCUGAUGUGACGUCGUGCUUCUUCCCCCAAAAGGGGGCGUGGUCUACACAAUGACACUAUGCCAGUCUGGUCUGUGGUCAUCACAUGACAUUAGUGACAGUGGUGUGUCCAUACUUUUUUUAACGGAGAUGUCCCAAGUAGGGCACCGACUUAUGGAGGGUGGCACGAAGUACGAGCACUGCUGCGGGCAGCGUCGACUGUGUCGCCAUAGCAACAGAGUGACACCACAUAAGUGUAAAAUUACUUUCUGCUCUCCGCUCCAAAUAAAAACACUUCUUCUUCCUUUUCUGUGGCUUUUUGGCAGGCUAGACACAACUCUGGCACAAUAAUGCCUUUCAGGUUUAAGACUGAAUUGCACCUAUAAACAAAAAUGGAUAAAGAGCCUUCAUAAUUGGGUGGCACCUGGACACGCCCCUGACUAGUGCCGUUUCAACAGCAGCGCAGUAUUUGACUUCACAUUAGUAGCUUACGGAACAUAUUUUAGGUAACAUAGAACUUGCUUGGGUAUUUUG